GUAACUCCAGAUCUUUCCCUGUAACCUUUCUCUCCCAGGUUGCGUGCUUGGUAAGUAGGACACUCACUUACUUUCUUACACAGUCUCAGACUCAGCUUGUGAAAUGCAUAAAAAAACCUCGUGCAGGCAGCUGCUCCCAUCCGCCGUCCUGAUUCACCAGUGCAGCAGUUGCCCUGAGCCUGAUGGGCCCAGGCAGCUUUCAGGCACCUCUUGGGUUACCCAUCCUCCAGUAGGAGAAGCCAGGAGAGGAGCUGGGCACCCCAUCGGGCCCAGUGCAACCCAUGUGGGUCUGUGCAGCCCCCACCUCUUGUUUCCCCAGGCGGUGAUGCUGUGACUGUCGUUCCCAUCUCCUGUGCCCCAGUAGGGUGCUGUUGUUGUAGUUGUGUGUGUUGUUUGUAUCACAGUACUGCUUAAGGGCCGCAACCAAGCAGCAGGGUCUCUGUGCUGGGCAGCAUGGAAGUGAUAAGAUGGUCCUUGCCUCAGAGAGCUCAGUAUCGCUGUGACUGAAGGACUGGCCCCUGCAGCCCCAGUGCCUGGCAUCCCCACCGGAGUGGUGCUGUAGCAGGAGGCCUGGUCCCUGGGGUGCUCAGCUCUUGUGUCUGAGCAGUAGAACCAUCCCUUAGCUUCUGUUGGGUGGGCCCUGGCUAUUUAAGAUGUUGUGCAGCGGGCUAUGGCAAAACAGUUUGGCGUGUGCACCAAUCAGUUCAGAUGGAGGCAACAGGCUUUUUCCAGUGUAGGGUCCCCAGCCUUCUUCCUCUUGCCUACGCUGCUGCUUGCCUUCCGUUUUCUGUAGGCUCAAGAUUCUCUGUCUCCACUUGAUGUCCUGGCUGUAUGUUCAGGGCUGUUCCAGGACUAGGAUGGGAGUCCUGGGCUGGAGAUGGGGCCUCCAGGCUGCUGGCUCUUUGCUCCCAAGUGUGGGGUUACUUAGCUGAAGAAGAACUGAAAACAGGAACUCUCUCUUCUCUGAUGCAAGUCUCUCAUCUGACCUCAUCCCAGGCUGUGCCCAUUCCACUUUGUGCUCCUUUUCUCUGCGGGCAGCGGAGUCGACAGAGCAGCAGAAGGGCCAAGAGUGUGGAGGACGACGACGAGGGGCAUCUGAUCUAUCGCGUCGGCGACUGGCUACAAGAAAGAUAUGAGAUUAUUAGCACCUUAGGGGAAGGCACGUUUGGCAGAGUGGUGCAGUGUGUGGAUCACCGGAGAGGGGGCGCACGCGUCGCCCUAAAAAUCAUAAAAAAUGUGGAGAAGUAUAAAGAGGCUGCUCGGCUGGAGAUCAACGUGCUGGAGAAAAUCAAUGAGAAGGAUCCAGAGAAUAAGAACCUGUGUGUGCAGAUGUUUGACUGGUUCGAUUACCAUGGCCACAUGUGCAUCUCCUUUGAGCUGCUGGGGCUCAGCACCUUCGACUUUCUGAAGGACAACAACUACUUGCCCUACCCCAUCCACCAAGUGCGGCAUAUGGCCUACCAGGUGUGCCAGGCUGUGAAAUUUCUGCAUGACAAUAAACUCACUCACACGGACCUCAAACCCGAGAACAUCCUCUUUGUGAAUUCGGAUUAUGAACUCACUUAUAAUCUGGAAAAGAAGCGAGAUGAGCGGAGCGUGAAGAGCACGGCCAUCAGAGUGGUUGAUUUUGGCAGUGCAACGUUUGAUCAUGAGCAUCACAGCACCAUUGUCUCCACCAGGCACUACCGAGCCCCAGAGGUCCUACUGGAACUCGGCUGGACCCAGCCCUGUGACGUGUGGAGCAUCGGCUGCAUUGUCUUCGAGUAUUAUGUAGGCUUCACUCUGUUCCAGACUCAUGACAACCGGGAGCAUCUGGCCAUGAUGGAGAGGAUCCUGGGUCCGAUUCCUUCACGGAUGAUCCGAAAGACCAGGAAGCAGAAAUAUUUCUACCAUGGUCGCCUGGACUGGGACGAGAACACCUCCGCAGGCCGCUAUGUCCGGGAGAACUGCAAACCACUGCGGAGAUACCUGACCUCUGAGGCUGAGGACCACCACCAUCUCUUCGACCUCAUUGAGAGCAUGCUGGAGUAUGAGCCAUCAAAGCGCAUCACUCUGGCCGAGGCACUCAAACACCCAUUCUUCGACAUGCUGAAAACAGAGCCAAGCACAAAAGUUUGGGACUCUAGCCGAGACAUCAGCCGGUGACACUGCUGGUGCCCAGUCUGUCCUCAGAUUCUAGCCCCCGUGGAGGCCUAUGUGAUUUCUAUUCGGACACUUGGUGCUUUUUUUAUACAAAAAAACCCCAAACAAAACCCCCUGGAUCUUUUUAUUACUAUGUAAAACUGUUGAUAUGUGAGAUAUUGUAAAUACCCAAAUCUAUAUCUGCCUUUGAACUCCAUGGACCCAAGCCCCUGCUGCUGCCAUUACUCCUAGGGGAGGGGGCCUCUUACGUCCAUGCUGUGAAUACCUCUGUUCAUGUGUUGCUUUGUCUCCUGUUCUCUCCUCCUGCCCUCCCCAGGGCUCCCGGCUGUCUGUAGCUCAUCCAUUUCCUUGUAAGUUAUGAAGCUGGUGGGGUUGCAUGGGAAUUAUUUUUUUGGAUCAAUGUCAUAGCCCAUCCCCGCACCAGAGUUUUAUAUGAAUUUUGUACAGUCUUUGUGAAAAUAAAUAUGAAGUCAAUUAAA